AUCCCCAGAAAGACUGCCUCUGUAUCUGUCAUCUCAUUUUCUCGAUACCGAAUACAUUGUGUUUGAGGGUGAACGGGUGCAGUCAUUCACACAACCCAGCUCAGUGAUCUGGAUCUUACACCAGGUUGCACCAAAGGGUUUGUCGUGGGCAGUGAGUUCAGCAAAAUUCAGGGAAAAUUCGCUCCCCGCCCAUCUUCACCCCCGCCCCCUCUCUGUCUCUCUCUCUCUCUGCCCCUCCUGGGUCUUCACCCUCCCGACUCCUUCUCCCUGUUCGAGUUGCGUUUUUUUCUUCAAUAUGUGAAUGUUUCGUUUCGUCUCUGUCAGAAUAUCGGGAGAAUAAAGUGCAAAGUAAUAAUUGUUUGCAGUGAAAUUCAUCGGGAAAUCGAUGACCUGAACGUGUUUACCUGCGGAGGAACAGUGAGACUGGGAACAGUUUGAAUCAGGAAGUGCUGAGAUUGAUCAUGGCUUCCAGACAGCAGCUCCUGAGACUGACCGAGGAGACAGUUUGUCCCAUUUGUCUGGAUUUCUUCACCGAUCCGGUUAUACUGGAAUGUGGACACAAUUUCUGCCGCUCCUGUAUCACCCAGAGUUGGGAAAAGAAGGAGAUAAACUCCUGCCCGGAAUGUCGAGAGGUGUUUCCGGACAGAAACCUCAGGGUAAAUCGGGCCUUAGCGAAUCUGGCCGAGGAGGCUCGAAAAUUAAAGCUGGAUCCGAAAGAGAAGGAAAGUAAACCUCACUGUGAGGUACAUCAGGAAGAUCUGAAGCUGUUUUGUGAAACUGACAGGAAAUUGAUCUGCCUGAUUUGUCGAGAUUCCCGGGAACACAGAGAGCACCGCUUCCUGCCGAUCAAUGAGGCUGUUGAAAUCUACAAGAAAAAGAUAAAAUCUUCCUUGGACUCUCUUACAGAGAAAAAAUCGGCGGUUCAACAAGCGGAACUGACCCAGAAACGGAAGAUUUCCGAAGUGAGGGAGGAAGCUUGUCAGAAGAGAAGGGUUAGUGACAACAAGAACAAACUCUCAGCUGCAGAUCCCUCUCUGUCGAUUGGAAAGUUCUCUGGCCCUUUACACUACACAGUCUGGAAAGAAAUGAUACACACCAUUCACCCAGCUCCAGCCUCUCUGACUCUGGAUCCGAACACAGCGCAUCCCCUGCUCAUCCUGUCUGAGGACUGGACCAGUGUGAGACUCGGAGACACAGAGCAGCCGCUCCCUGACUCCCCGGAGAGAUUUGAUUUCUGGUUCUGUGUCCUGGGAUCAGAGGGAUUCACAUCAGGGAGACAUUACUGGGAGGUGGAGGUGGGGGACAAGACUCGGUGGAUUCUGGGAGUGGCCCGAGAGUCUGUGAAGAGGAAAGGGAGGAUCACCCCGAGCCCAGAGACUGGAUUCUGGAUUGUGAGGCUGUUUCCUGGAUGUGGUUAUUUUGCCUCCACCUCCCCCUCUCUGACUCCCCUCUCUCUGAGUGAGAAUCCCCGGAAGAUCGGGGUUUUCCUGGACUAUGAGGUUGGACAGGUGUCAAUUUACAAUGCGGACACCAUGUCCCAUCUCCACACUUUCACCCACACUUUCACUGAGAGGAUCUUUCCCAUCUUCAGUCCGGGAGGGAAUGACGACGGGAAAAACUCCGCCCCGCUGACAAUCUGCAGAAUGAAAGGGCACUGACAGAUCCAUCCCAUAAUUUCACCCCGUCCCCUGCCAGCUGUAAACUGGGGUUGGUCUCAGUCUGGGGGAAAGAAGAAGGGGGAGAGAGAAACAAAUGUAGAGAGGGACUGACUGGGUAGAAUGAGCUGUGAGCUGCAGGAACCCGGGGACAUUCCUGUCUGUAAUGUUGCUCCACGGGCGGGAGGUGGCGCUACAUGACGGUGUUGGAGAUGAAUCAGUCAGUGGAUCUCAGACUGAGCUCAGUGGAGUCUUUCCGGGGGGACUGGGCUCAGUCAAAAUAAAAAUGUCAGACUGAUCUGUAUAUCACACACAUGAUUUAAUAACAUGGAGAAACUGGUCUUGUUUUGAUCAAGUCUGUAACUAUAUUGCCCAGAAUAUUACUGCUCUUUCAUAAAAUUGGAAAAUUUGAAAACCUCAGAUUUGAAAGUGAUGGGUGAAUUGAUCAUUUAUGUCAUGAUCAGAUAAUACUUAACCAUGUUUGAAACCGAUUAGUUAGUACAAACUGCAAUGUAGGUGGAGUCACAGUUGUCACUUAUCCCUGUGCUAUUGCUCAGUGGAUUAUCUCCUGUGAAAUAAUCCUUAAGUCACUCCAAUGAAAAUAUCUGUUUGAUAAAAAUCAUUACUCUAGCACUCUGUGCACGGAACCAAUUCAGAUUUUGUCAAUGUCAAUGUUUUAUGUUUAUGUAAUUAUAAUUUAUAUUGGAAUGCAGUAUCAAAUUUGAAAAUAGUUUCUUCAAUCAAAUCAAUAUCUCUGAUUCUCUCAAGUGAAAGCAAGGUUUCUAAAGAAAAUUACUUCAUCAAUAAAUCCAACAGAGUAAA